AUGACAGAAGCAGAAGCCACCACCACCACCAUAAAGACCGAGAUCCUCGGCUACACGGUUCCCUGGAUUGUGUCACCAGGCGACCAACUGGAAGUGAAGGUGUCGACCAAUCAGCCAUGGUAUUCGCAUCGGUUGAUGCGCCUCAUUCAAGGCCACGAGGAUCCCAAUUACGCCCCAAAGCGUCAUGAAUACAUUUCAUCGGUCAAGGAAGAACGCCAUCCGGGCCGCCACCAAGUCUGCCAUGUGGGAUCGUAUGCGAAAGCAGACCUGGGCGUCGAGGCCUUUCAGGAUUUGGGCCCGGGUCUCGAGUUCAGCGUGUACAUGUUCCCCACGCUCCUCGACGCCGGACACAACCAAGUGCUCGUGUCGACUCUGGACGAGGAGAACAAGACCGGGUUCGCGCUGCUCAUCAACCCACAGAACGUGCUGGAACUCCGAGUGGGGGACGGCACCUCCGUGGUCAGCCUCGUGACCGAGCUGGCUCCCCAGCUCAAGGUUUGGGCCCGAGUCACCGUCACCUUCAGCUUCACGCCGGCCACGGACACGGACAGCGUGGUGGUACUACAAUACGCACCGGUGCCGGUGGCAUGUGGAGUGGCCAAGAUCGGGUCUCCCGUGUCCCACACGCAACGGCUUCAGUCGCCAGCCGCUCUGAGCAGUCGGAGUGGUAGUGGUCCCCAGACGCUCUAUUUGGCCACCGGCUGGAUCGGCGGCGGGGUGAUGGGAAAUUGUUUCAACGGGCGGCUGGACUCGCCGAGGUUGACGUCGGGGUCGCGGGUGAUUGUCCAGUACGACUUUUCGCAAGAAAUCCCGUCGGAUUCCAUCGUCGACGUGUCGGGCCACGGCCGGCACGGGGUUCUCGUCAACGCGCCGAUCCGCGCGGUCAAGGGCCACGACUGGGACGCGACGCUGUUCGACUGGACGCAGGCGUCGUACGGGUACGGGGCGAUCCAUUUCCACGAGGACAGCCUGGACGACGCGGCAUGGGCGACCGAUUUCACCCUCAAACUGCCGGCCGACCUGCGCAGCGGCGCCUAUGCGGUCGAGUGCACGACGGACGACGGGGUGACGGACCACGUGACGUUCUUUGUGCGACGGCGGCCCGGGCAGGCUCCGGCGACGACGACGACAACAACGGCCAAAGUGGCGUUCCUGGCCAGCACGUACAGCUACCUGGCGUACGCCAACGAGCACAUGUGGGACUGGAGCGGGCCGAGCAUGUGGGACAAGGUGGCGUGGAACAAGACGGAGCUGUUCGAACGGCUGGCGGCGCGGCGCGACGUCGGGCGGUCGCUGUACGACAAGCACGUCGACGGCUACGGGUCGGUGUAUGUCAGCAGCAAGCGGCCGCUGAUGAACGUGCGCACCGGGUUCGUGCACUGGGCGUUCGACCGGCCGCGCGACUUCAGCAACGACCUGUUCAUGCUGGAUUUCCUGGAGCGGCAGGGCGUCGCGUACGAGCUGAUCACGGACCACGACCUCGAGGAGUUCGGCAUGGCGGCGCUGGAGGGCAUCGACACGCUGAUCUCGGGCGCCCACCCGGAGUACACGAGCAUGCGGCACCUGCAGUGCUUCGACGCCUUCGCCGACCGCGGCGGCAGUCUGAUGUAUCUGGGCGGCAACGGCUUCUACUGGGUCACGGCGUGCGACCCGGCCCGGCCGCACCGCAUCGAGGUGCGCCGCGGCAUCCAGGGCGUGCGCGCCUUUGAAAACCCGCCCGGCGAAUACCACCACUCGCUGACCGGCGAGUUCGGCGGCCUGUGGCGCGCCCGCGGCCACGGGCCCAACCUCACCGUCGGUGUCGGCUCCGCCGGCAGCGGCCUGGGCUCCGGCGUGCCCUACCGCCGCACCGCUGCGAGUUUGCAUCCCGACCUGGCCUGGAUGUGGGCCGGCAUAGCCGACCACGAUCUCAUCGGCGACUUUGGCGGCGGCGCCAGUGGCGACGAGAUCGACCGCUACGAAGUUGCCCUGGGGUCGCCCCCCGACGCCGUCGUCCUGGCCACCUCCUUGCCCCAGUCCGCCCUGUAUAAUCUGUUCACCGAGGAAAUCGGCUUCGGCGUCCAGACCACCAACGGCGCCAACAACCCCAAGGUCAGAAGUGACAUGGUCUUCUUCCACACCCGCGGCGGUGGCUUCGUCUUCUCCGUCGGUUCCAUCAACUGGAUUUGGACCAUGGCCUGGAACUGCUAUGACAACAACGUCGCAAAACUCACCUCGAAUGUCCUGCACCAUUUCAUAAACCAUUCUCGGCCUAAGAGCCCCUGA